AAAUAUAUCUUGUUUUUAACAGAGAUUUUAUUGCUUAUAUUGAAAGUUCUAUAUAAUAUUUUCAACGAUGUAUAUAGAUUAAUAAGAUAAAUAAAGAAAAAGAGCGUAGCUGAUGAAAUCGUUUUGAUAACGGGUGCAGCUCAUGGUAUCGGAAGGGAAUUAGCAAUUGGUUAUGCUUCGUUAGGAGCAAUAGUGGUAUGUUGGGAUAUCAAUGAAGAAAAAAAUAAUGAAACAAUGAACGAUAUUAAAAAAAAAGGAAACCACUCUGUGUAUGCGUAUCGAUGUAAUGUAGCAGAUAAAGAAGAAGUUUUCAGAGUAGCCAAUAAAGUAAAAGAAGAAGUAGGUGACGUAACUAUCUUAAUUAACAAUGCCGGCAUAGUGUUUGUUAAAUCUCUUCUAAAUCAAAGUCCUGAUGAAAUUACACGUACCAUAAACGUCAACAUGACAGCGCAUUAUUGGACAUUGAAAGCAUUCUUACCUAGUAUGAUCGAAAAGAAUCACGGUCAUAUUGUGUCGGUUUCAUCUUUAGCAGCAUUUUUUAGUUUGCAUUAUGGGAUAACUUACUGCUCUACAAAAUCCGCAGUUCAAGUAAUUAUGGACUCCUUAUCGAAUGAAUUACGUAUAUUGAGUAACGGAAAGUCAUCGAUUAAAUUUACAACCGUUUAUCCGUUCUUCGUACGUACUGGAUUAAUUAAAAACAUAUUACAUAUUAGGUUUCCAUGGUUAAUACGAGAACUUUUACCGCAAGAAGUGGCUUUGUCAAUAAUUAAUGCGCAAAGACAAAAUUAUAAAAAUCAAACUAUACCUUCAUACUAUUUAUUUAUUAAUGAGAUAAUAAGACUAUUACCUAACAUAGUAGUCACAUACACAUAUGAUUUCUUGUUACAAUUUCUGGGUAUCAAUCCAGACGAUUAA